GGCGCCGCUCUAGCGGGCUCGGCGGCGGUUCGGGAGGCGUCACGGUGGGGUUGUGCGGCUCAGGGCAGGGCGCGUCGGGCCGUUCUCCUCUCGACGACUGCAGGCCGCGGCAUCAUGAAGUCAGCGUGGGCGCUGGCUCUGGCGUGUGCGCUUCUCCUGGCCGCUUCGGUGACCGCUGAGGAGGUGGAUGCGGAUGCGACCGUGGAAGAAGAUCUGGGUAAAAGCAGAGAAGGAUCCCGAACUGAUGAUGAAGUUGUUCAGAGAGAGGAAGAAGCUAUCCAGCUAGAUGGCCUAAAUGCAUCCCAGAUCAAAGAAAUCAGAGAAAAAUCUGAGAAGUUUGCCUUUCAAGCAGAAGUUAACAGAAUGAUGAAGCUUAUUAUUAACUCUCUAUAUAAAAACAAGGAGAUUUUCCUGAGAGAACUUAUUUCAAAUGCUUCAGAUGCUUUGGAUAAGAUACGCUUAAUAUCCUUGACUGAUGAAAAUGCUCUUGCUGGUAAUGAGGAACUCACUGUUAAAAUCAAGUGCGAUAAAGAGAAGAACAUGCUUCACGUUACAGAUACGGGUAUUGGCAUGACAAAAGAGGAGUUGAUUAAAAACCUUGGUACCAUUGCGAAGUCUGGUACAAGUGAAUUCUUAAACAAGAUGACUGAAAUGCAGGAUGAUAGCCAGUCGACAUCUGAGUUAAUUGGCCAGUUUGGCGUUGGCUUUUACUCUGCUUUCUUGGUAGCAGACAGAGUUAUUGUCACAUCUAAGCACAACAAUGAUACCCAGCAUAUUUGGGAGUCAGAUUCAAAUGAGUUCUCUGUGAUUGAUGAUCCAAGAGGAAAUACUCUGGGACGUGGCACAACCAUAACCCUUGUCUUGAAGGAAGAAGCAUCCGAUUAUCUUGAGUUGGACACUGUUAAAAAUCUAGUCAAGAAAUAUUCGCAGUUCAUAAACUUCCCCAUAUAUGUGUGGAGCAGCAAGACAGAGACUGUUGAAGAACCCAUUGAAGAGGAGGAAGCAAAGGAGGAAAAAGAAGAAACAGAUGAUGAUGAAGCUGCAGUUGAAGAAGAGGAGGAAGAGAAGAAACCAAAAACUAAGAAGGUUGAGAAGACUGUCUGGGAUUGGGAGCUCAUGAAUGACAUAAAACCAAUCUGGCAGAGACCAUCUAAAGAAGUUGAAGAGGAUGAAUAUAAAGCUUUUUACAAAACAUUUUCCAAGGAACAUGAUGAUCCAAUGGCUUACAUCCAUUUUACUGCUGAAGGGGAAGUAACUUUCAAAUCAAUCUUGUUUGUUCCUAAUUCUGCUCCACGUGGCUUGUUUGAUGAGUAUGGAUCCAAAAAAAGUGAUUUCAUUAAGCUGUAUGUUAGAAGAGUGUUCAUCACUGAUGACUUCCAUGACAUGAUGCCCAAAUAUCUUAACUUUGUUAAGGGUGUUGUGGAUUCUGAUGAUCUUCCUUUGAAUGUAUCUCGUGAAACACUUCAGCAGCAUAAGUUAUUAAAGGUGAUCAGAAAGAAGCUUGUUCGUAAAACUCUUGAUAUGAUCAAGAAAAUUGCAGAAGAAAAAUACAAUGAUACAUUCUGGAAGGAGUUUGGUACUAAUGUAAAGCUUGGAGUUAUUGAGGAUCAUUCCAAUCGUACACGGCUGGCUAAACUGCUUCGCUUCCAGUCUUCCCAUCACGAAAGUAACCUUACAAGCCUUGACCAAUAUGUGGAAAGAAUGAAAGAGAAACAAGACAAAAUUUAUUUCAUGGCAGGUGCCAGCAGAAAGGAGGCUGAAUCUUCACCGUUUGUUGAGCGCCUUCUGAAAAAGGGCUAUGAAGUAAUCUAUCUGACUGAACCUGUAGAUGAAUAUUGCAUUCAGGCUCUGCCAGAGUUUGAUGGCAAGAGGUUUCAGAAUGUAGCGAAGGAAGGAGUUAAGUUUGAGGAAAGUGAAAAGUCCAAGGAGAGUCGUGAAGCCUUGGAGAAGGAAUUUGAACCACUCCUGAACUGGAUGAAAGACAAAGCUCUAAAGGACAAGAUUGAAAAGGCUGUGCUGUCUCAACGUUUAACACAGUCUCCAUGUGCGCUUGUGGCUAGUCAGUAUGGAUGGUCUGGCAACAUGGAAAGAAUCAUGAAGGCUCAAGCUUACCAAACUGGGAAGGACAUAUCUACAAAUUACUAUGCUAGCCAGAAGAAGACAUUUGAAAUAAAUCCCAGACAUCCAUUGAUCAAAGACAUGCUGAGGCGAGUUAAGGAAAAUGAAGAUGACAAAACAGUUUCAGAUCUUGCAGUGGUGUUGUUUGAAACUGCAACUUUGAGAUCAGGAUACAUGUUACCAGACACAAAGGAAUAUGGAGACAGAAUAGAAAGGAUGCUUCGUUUGAGUUUAAACAUUGACCUGGACGCAAAGGUGGAGGAGGAACCUGAAGAGCCUGAAGAUGCAGCUGAGGAGGCAGAGCAAGAUGAAGAAGAGGUGGAUGCUGAUGCUGAAGACAGUGAAACACAGAAGGAAUCCACAGAUGUAAAAGAUGAACUGUAAACUGCACUCACCUACUGUCCUGCACUGGGAGGUCAAGAGAGGAUGUGAAUUAGAUUUUGGUUUGUUUUCCACUGUAAAAGGUUGAGGGAUGGUAUGGGGUUUAAGGGCAAAGGAGAUUUUUUUUUUAAGUUGACUUUUCUAAAAAAAACAUUCCUCACGAAUGUAAAUUUGUAUUAUUUAACUGACUUGGUGUAAAAUCUUGUCAUGUACAAAAUAAAAUGUUCCCAAACACCAGUA